GUCAUGGUGGUACUAGCAGUCAGUGCUAGUGCAACUGGUGAUCGAUUGAUCUAUGGAAGUCUAUUCAAAAACGCUCCAGUGACGUGCCCGCUUGCACACUGACUUUGCCUCUGGUGUCAAUAUUAAAAGUAUAGAUCCUUCCAUCAGAUUCCAAAGCCUCGAGGCAGUACCACGAUCAGCAAUGCUUCUCGGAUAGAAUACGAGAAUGGUCUGAUCUGCAUGGCUGCCAGGUCUUCUUAUAAUCCCCAGCGGAAGCCUUGCACAACUUGGAAAGAUUGCACCACAAAUUCAAGUACGAGUCUACUAUUCUUCCUGAAAAUCUCCUCCUGCCGCAAGUCAGCCUACCAUGAAGGGACUUGCGCUUGAAGAUGAUACCCCUCGUGACUUCACAUCUCAAAUUUCUGCUAGUGGGACUUCGAAGGACGAAAUUCCAUCUGCUGCUACUUUGGACGAAAUUCCAUCUGCUGGUACCUUUGGCAUAGUUUAUCGACGUACCAUUGAGUCCAGCGAAGGCACAAUGGAGGUUGGUCGCAGUGAAGAUCUUCAAGAUUGGUCCUCAGGCCGGGAGAACCAUGCAAAAAUUAGCAAAGGAAUAAAUCGAGAACUCAGGGUGUGGCUUGAACUGAAACACCCGACUAUCGUCCCGCUACUUGGUAUUGCGAAGGUUCAAGAUUCUCUAUUUCCGGCUCUCAUUUCCGAAUGGAUGUCUUCUGGGACAUUAUAUGCGUACCUCAAGGAGCAAGGUACAAUUUCCGCAUCUACUCGGAUCAAAUUGGCCAGGGGCGUUGCUGAUGGCCUCGAAUAUCUUCACUCCCGAAGUGUCGUUCACGGAGACCUUCAUCCUGGGAAUGUGCUCGUAGAUGGUUCAGGGCAUCCACGUCUCAUAGAUUUUGGUCUCGCGACAAUCGCAGGGGACGUAGAGUCGCAAUUGAAUACGACGACCGCAGGCCGCAGUGUCAAUCCUCAAUGGCGUGCACCUGAAGUCAUUGGAAUCGACCCGGAGACUGAACCUGUACGACCGAAUUUCGAGAGUGAUGUAUAUUCUUUUGGCAGUGUCAUGUUCUUCAUCGUCUCAGGGGUUACACCGUGGCACGAGAAGAAAAGUUCAAAUCAUAUCAUCAUUGAGCUAUCAAAGGAGCUACUCCUACACGUCCCGACAACAUCCUUGACGAUCACUGGAACUUAA